AUGUCGCCAUAUACCCAACUAGCUCGCUGGCAUGAGCAACCACGCACCGACGAGGAGGAGGACGAACAGCCGCUGCUUAUCGAGCUAGAAGGGAACGGGCAUGGGCACCGCGGACACGGGCAUGAAGACGGUCGCACGGAUACACCACCACCGCGAUACCAGUCCCCAGUGCGCUCGCAUCACGUACCACGCGCGCACCGCUACCAUCGCCCGCUCAUAACCGACCUCAACGUGCCCCGACACGCCUCUCCAUUACUAUCCGCGCUCGCGGACCCUGAUGCGCUACCAUCCCCAGUCGUAUCACCGCCCAGACAUCCCCGGCCACGCAUCGUCCGCGCAGCGCUAUUAAUAGGCGAACUUCUCAUGCUGCUGGCCGCGGUGCUCAGCUCACUCGUUCUUGCUUCCAUACUUUCAUGGGGCGCUUUCGAAGCACUACGACUUGCAUUCCACCUGGGACCGCAAUUACUUGCGGACGCAUGGCGCUAUGCGCUCGUGGACCUGGAGAAGGCGCUUAUGGCACUUGUUGCCAUUCCCGCGGGUGGUGCAUUCGUGACGCUACUCACGCUCGCUGCGAUACUGUCCGUACUCGGCGCGGGCAAGUUUGCGUUUGUUGCUGCACCCCAGCUUGCUCGUACCCGAUGGGAGCACUUCGUCGCGCCGGAGUAG